AUGACAUCCGUUAGAUGGAAACGUAAUACUGAAGAUGAAUUACCUAAAAUAAUAGGAGAUUUGGUUAAUAUUUCUACUAAUAAAAUAUUAGAAAAAAAAGAUGAUUUUGUAAAGAAGUUGGAGGAGUUAAGCGUGGAAGUAAACAAUAAAGAAACAGAACUUUCGGAAAAGGUGGAAGGACUGAAAAAAGAAUUAUAUAAAUAUGAUGAACAAAAUAGGGUAUUACCAUUAGGAAUAGAGAUGGAAGAAAUAGACAGUUUGGUUUGUGCUUACAUGGAAGAAACAAAACACAACUCAAAAGAAAAAGAAGUUAAGCAAAAAGAAGCUAGGGCAAUAGAAAGCGAACUGAGGAAGAAAAUAGGAGAUGUAGAUUUGGAAGCAACUAUUUUUCAAAAAUGUGAAGAAAUAGCUGAAUUAAAACUUGAAUCGGAGCAGUUGCAAGAAAACACCUCGCGAUUGGAAGCCAAAAUAGAAACCAGAACGAACACUUAA